GCCUCGCAGUCAGAAAGCUCCAAUCAGGAGCUCCGAAGGUGUCUCGAAGGCCCGUCCCCUCCUCCCCUGUCCACUUCUCUUCCCCCCCCUUUUUCUACCCCCCCACCUUAAGUCUUGCGGACUUGGGGGGCUUCGGGGUUUGGGCGCGAUGAAAAGUGUCUGCCCAGUCAUUUCCGGUUUUUCUUCCCCUAAUCCCUCAGCUGCUGCUGCUGCUCAGGAGGUCAGAUCUGCCACUGAUGGUAAUACCAGCACCACUCCGCCCACCUCUGCCAAGAAGAGAAAGUUAAACAGCAGCAGCAACAGCAGCAGCAGCAGCAACAGUAACAGUAGUAACGAGAGAGAAGACUUUGAUUCCACCUCUUCUUCCUCUUCCACUCCUCCUUUACAACCCAGGGAUUCGGCAUCCCCUUCAACCUCGUCUUUCUCCUGCCUAGGGGUUUCGGUGGCUGCUUCCAGCCACGUACCAAUACAGAAGAAGCUGCGUUUUGAAGACACCCUGGAGUUUGUAGGGUUUGAUGCGAAGAUGGCUGAGGAAUCCUCCUCUUCCUCCUCCUCAUCUUCACCAACUGCUGCAACAUCUCAGCAGCAGCAACUUAAAAAUAAGAGUAUAUUAAUCUCUUCUGUGGCUUCGGUGCAUCACGCAAAUGGCUUGGCCAAAUCUUCUACCACCGUCUCUAGCUUUGCUAACAGCAAGCCUGGCUCUGCUAAGAAGUUAGUGAUCAAGAACUUUAAAGAUAAGCCUAAAUUACCAGAAAACUACACAGAUGAAACAUGGCAGAAACUGAAAGAAGCAGUGGAAGCUAUCCAGAAUAGUACUUCGAUAAAGUACAAUUUAGAAGAACUCUAUCAGGCUGUAGAAAAUCUCUGUUCUUACAAGAUUUCUGCAAACUUAUACAAACAGCUGAGACAGAUUUGUGAAGAUCACAUCAAAGCACAAAUUCAUCAGUUCAGAGAGGAUUCUUUGGAUAGUGUUCUUUUUCUAAAGAAGAUCGAUAGAUGCUGGCAGAACCACUGUAGACAAAUGAUCAUGAUCAGGAGCAUUUUUUUGUUUCUGGAUAGAACUUACGUUCUUCAAAAUUCAAUGCUACCCUCCAUUUGGGACAUGGGACUGGAGUUAUUUAGGGCUCAUAUUAUAAGUGAUCAGAAAGUCCAGAAUAAGACAAUUGAUGGCAUUCUUCUCUUGAUUGAGAGGGAGAGAAAUGGUGAAGCAAUUGAUAGAAGUUUACUCCGAAGCCUUUUAAGCAUGCUUUCUGAUUUGCAAAUUUAUCAGGAUUCUUUUGAACAACGAUUUUUGGAAGAAACUAACCGGCUUUAUGCAGCCGAAGGCCAAAAAUUAAUGCAGGAAAGAGAGGUUCCUGAAUAUCUUCAUCAUGUUAACAAACGUCUAGAAGAAGAAACAGACAGACUUAUUACUUACUUAGAUCAGACCACCCAGAAGUCAUUAAUUGCUACUGUAGAGAAACAACUUCUAGGUGAACACUUAACAGCAAUUCUUCAGAAAGGUUUAAAUAACCUUCUUGAUGAAAACCGAAUUCAAGAUUUAUCUCUCCUGUAUCAGCUUUUCAGUAGAGUUCGAGGUGGAGUUCAGGUUCUCUUGCAACAGUGGAUUGAAUAUAUUAAGGCAUUUGGAAGCACUAUUGUAAUUAAUCCUGAAAAAGAUAAAACAAUGGUUCAAGAAUUACUGGAUUUUAAAGAUAAAGUUGACCAUAUAAUUGAUAUCUGUUUUCUGAAGAAUGAAAAAUUUAUCAACGCCAUGAAAGAAGCAUUUGAAACAUUCAUUAACAAAAGACCAAACAAACCUGCUGAACUCAUAGCUAAGUAUGUAGAUUCAAAGCUUCGUGCUGGCAACAAAGAAGCUACAGAUGAGGAACUUGAAAAGAUGUUGGAUAAAAUUAUGAUCAUAUUUAGAUUUAUCUAUGGCAAGGAUGUUUUUGAGGCCUUCUACAAGAAAGAUUUAGCCAAGCGCCUGUUAGUUGGGAAGAGUGCAUCUGUAGAUGCUGAAAAAUCAAUGCUGUCCAAACUUAAACAUGAAUGUGGAGCUGCUUUCACCAGCAAACUUGAAGGAAUGUUUAAAGACAUGGAACUUUCUAAAGACAUCAUGAUUCAGUUCAAACAGGUCACCCCCUGCAAACAGGCAGUGGAGCAAGUGAAAAACCGGAGACUUGGGCUGGCUGGUGGGUAUAUGCAGAAUCAGAACGUACCUGGGAAUAUUGAAUUAACUGUGAAUAUUCUGACAAUGGGUUAUUGGCCAACAUAUGUGCCUAUGGAAGUCCAUUUACCACCAGAGAUGGUAAAACUUCAGGAGAUUUUCAAGACAUUUUACCUAGGCAAACAUAGUGGCAGGAAACUUCAGUGGCAGUCGACCCUAGGACACUGUGUGCUAAAGGCCGAAUUUAAAGAGGGUAAAAAAGAACUUCAGGUGUCUCUUUUUCAAACACUGGUGCUGCUAAUGUUUAAUGAGGGAGAAGAGUUCAGUUUAGAAGAGAUCAAGCAGGCUACUGGAAUAGAGGAUGGCGAGUUAAGGAGAACACUGCAGUCUUUGGCCUGUGGCAAAGCUAGAGUUCUGGCAAAAAAUCCAAAGGGCAAAGAUAUUGAAGAUGGUGACAAGUUCAUUUGUAAUGAUGAUUUCAAACACAAACUUUUCAGGAUAAAGAUCAAUCAAAUCCAGAUGAAAGAAACGGUUGAGGAACAAGCAAGCACUACAGAAAGAGUAUUUCAAGACAGACAGUAUCAAAUUGAUGCUGCAAUUGUUCGAAUUAUGAAGAUGAGAAAGACACUUAGCCACAAUCUCCUUGUUUCUGAAGUGUACAACCAGUUGAAAUUUCCAGUAAAGCCUGCUGAUCUUAAGAAGAGAAUUGAAUCCUUAAUUGACCGGGACUACAUGGAAAGAGAUAAAGAAAACCCAAACCAGUACAACUAUAUUGCAUAAAAUUUUGGCCUUGGAGCAUUUUGUGUCUCAUGUUGUAGCCAGUGGAUAAACUAACCUGUUGAUCUUAUAUUAUUUGACUUCUUUUAUACUACCGAUGACCAAAUGAAGCAGUGUAAUGGAAAUAGUUGAGUUGACUUUUUCAGUGGUUAACAUGCCCAUUAAAAGAGUAAUUCUUACCUUUAAGAAGUAUGUUGUUGAACUCUUUGCAUGUUAUUUAGUAUGAUGAGCAGAAAACUCUUUAAGAAAGUACCUGGUCUUCAUGAUUCCUCUUUGGAACUGGGCAAGAGGUCCCUAUGGCUAUUAAAAAGGGGGGAGGCAGGGGCUCUUAUACACCAUUAAUUAUGAAGAAAAAGUUCAUUUGCCUAAGAUGUCAUUUAAAGAUACUUAAACUGCAUGCAAACUUUAUUUACUGUACAGAGUUAUGGAUGUAUUUAUCAAAUAGGAAAACCACCCUGGACUUGGUUGUUCACCUGUUGACAAGAAAAAUAAGUUGUCAUAGCUAUUGAUAUUUUACUAAGUAAUGUUCUGUUACACUGAAAGGGAUGUUUUCAAAAAAUUUAUUUGGAAACAAGUUUUCUUGUAGAAGGACAGUUGCUUAUGUAAUUUCUUGUAUAUACUCAUCCUUAAUUGUUCCAUUUAUGGCUAUGGGAUGUGUGUAUAUGGUUUAGCCCUGAGUUUACUGUGCUAACUAACAGGUACUUAUAAAAAUAGCUGAAAUAGAAAAUUGCUGAUCAUUUGUACUAGAAAAACACAGUGGGAGAGAAAAAAAAUCCAACCCUUUCUUCAUAUUAAAAAUAAAUACAAUAUGAACAUCGCGAAAGAGACCAAAACCCACAUAUUUUGUAAAUUUUUACACAAGUAAAAAUUCAUCAACUGGUUUUCAACUUCCUUUAGACUUUAAUGUUGUUUGGACAGUUUUUUCUUGAACUUGGACCAAUUGUAGAUUGUUACAGGCUUUUUAGGAUAUAGCAUUACUAUUUUCUCCACCAAAGUUUUUUUGCAAGCACCCCAACUCUUUGUUGGUAAAUAAACCUUUCCUAUCAUCAUUAUUCUAACUUCCUAAAGCCCUAGAUGUGAAGGUCCUCCCUCAUUUUCUCCACAUAUCCCCUAGUUGGGAAUUUCAAAUUCUGUAUUGUGCUGAUCUUAUUCCUUUCAAAAUUGCUUGAAGAUAAGAAUUCUCGUAGCCACUGGACAUCUACUUUUCAGGGGAAUGUCCUAGGAUUGUUCAGACCUAGAAAAUAGCAAAAGUGUUGUUCUUCAAAUUGAUAAUGUGAGUAAAAAGCUUCUCUUUACCAUCAGUGUUUUUGUUUGUUUGUUUGUUUGUUUGUUUGUUUCUGUGGGUUUUUGUUUUUUUGGAAUUUUUUUCCUCCUUGUUUGUUUUUCCUUCAAGCUUUGAAGGGAAUUGAUCUUGGACGAGAAGCCGAAAAUGUUGUUUUUGAAAAAUCAGAACUGCUUUAAUGCUUUUUGCAGCAAUAUAUUUCCUUGACUGCUUGAACCCAUUAGGAGGAAUACCUAUGUCCUAGCCGUCAACUGAGGAGACUUGGCUGUUAUGUCUGCUAUUGAUUAUUUUCUUGAGUUCAUAAAGUCCUGUGAACAGCUAUUUAAACAAAGUGGCCUAUUUCUUUCCAAUUGUGUCAGUGUACACAUUUGUGUAACAAUAUGUGGUAUUUCAAAUGCCUUCCUAAUUUCUUUUUGAGCAACCAUUACCUAUAUUUUCUCAGCUCCUCUGGUGUUUCCUUGCGUGAGCUCAUCCAACAAGGAAAUGCCACUAUUGUGUUUGCCCCUUCUCUAUACUGGUCCAUCUACAUUAGUGUUCUAACAUCCCUGAUGGUCUCUGAGAUAUGUAGACUGUUCCACAAAACUUGGUAGUUAUUCUUAAGGAAUUUUUAGGUAGAAUUGGUCCUGUUAGGAGGCGACUCUUGGUGUCACCUUUGUUAUCUUGAAAGCUGGUCCCUUCCCUGAGGCUCUUAAUUUUUUGAAAACUUCAUGCUGUUUCAGCUGAAAAAUUGGCAAGACUAUUUAAAAAAACAAGUUGAGGGGAGCUGUUUAAAUAAUUGAAAAGUAAUUGCAAACAACAUUGGAUAAUUGUGACUUUUCAGUUCUGUAUCAGUUUCAUUCUUGUGCUCUUUUCCCUAUGUACGUGGUGGUUCUAUUUUUCUCCAAUAAAACUUUUAUUUAAAAGUUUCUAGAGAAGACCUUUAAAAUUCAAAUAUUGUAAGACAGUUAUAAAACCACAGACCUUAAAAUAUCUAACGAUUUUUCUUAUUGGAUUCACGUUUGUCAAUUUUGUUAUUUUUAAAAUGUAUCUUUUUGUGGUGGUUUAGUGAUAAUGCUAUAGGAAUGUGGAAGAGGGAAGAGGGUAUGGUAAGAGGGUAUGGUAAAGGGUAAGUAAAAUUCCCAGGAAACCUUAAGGUGGUUAUUUAUUCUUAAAUGUCAUUUUAGAAGGAUCAAGUAUAACACUGUUUCAUUCAAAUCCUCAAAGUCAAAUAGUUGCAUAAGGUCAAUAUGAAACUAGUCUAGAUUUACAUUGAGGGAAAAAUAAAAGAUUAACUACU